AGUGAGAGAUUGUAAAUAAAAACCUGUGUAUUGUCUUGUUUAUACGCGUUCAUUAUGUAAGAAUACGUUGUAACUACAUAACGAUCCCCAGCGGAGAGAAGCGGUGUCGGGUGUUUGGAGUGAACGGGUGUUGUUAGUGUUGAUCGUUAUGGAGUGUAAACCGGUUCCUGCGAAGCUGUUGCACGCAGCUCCUCCGUACGGACAGAUCCUCUCUCAGCAGAAGUGGAGAGGCUCCUCGCUCCUGCAGAGCCUCAGAGGGAGCGUGAAGACGAUCUUUGAGGAGGAGCUGGGUGUCGUGGACUUCUGUCUCAGUAACAAAACAUGUGUCCUGUAUGUCUCAGAGAGCGAUUUGGUGGCGGGAAACAGCUACAGGAGGAAGAUUGUCCGAUUUAGAAAUGCUAACAGUGGUCUGCAGGGUAUUGUGAUUGUGGAGAAGACUCACUUGAGUGAGCAGUACUUCAGCGGUCUACAGAAGUUUGUGGUUUUGGAGCUGGGUCUGACUCUGCUGCCUGUGUCCAGUGCUGCUGAAGCGGCUCAGCUCAUAGCACAGCUGGCUCUUGGAGAGAACAAGGAGAACCCGUUCCUCAGGAAGAGCGUGUCCCGACUGCUGGAGCCGGUGGUGUUGAGUCUGGUUCUGCAGAUCCCUGGCGUCGGAAAGGUGAAGGCCAUGCAGCUCCUCCAGCGAUUCCCCAGCAUCCAUCAGCUCUGUGGCGCUUCAGUGCAUGAGCUGGAGCCCAUCGUGGGACAGGCCACAGCCCAGAAUAUCACAGCUUUCUUCCACAACCAGUUCACAUAGGACUGCGUGAUACCAACAACAGAAGGACUUUCAACAACAAGACAACAGGUGGCGCUAAAGACUCAGUUGCCUCGUGUUUGUCCCAUUUUACAACAAAGUCCCAUUUCAAAGUGGGAGUUGUUGUUAUGUUCCUGUUCAUGCAUUUAUUUACUUUAUCUUUUUGUUUUGGGUUGCAUGAAAAAAUGCUAUGGGAUAUUUCUAGAAACAUGGGAUGAUAUUAAUGUGUUUGUUGUACAGUUGGGCCUGAGACCACAUUGAUCGUUAAGAAUAAAAUGGACAAACAUACAAAAUGGUGAUACAUACUUCAGUCUCUGCCCUGUUUUAUGUCACAAAUCAAAUAACCAAAUCAGUGGCAAUGACCAUGUGACCUAAUUUGCAGUAAAGUUUGGAUUUCCUUUCUGCUAAGAUGUCAAAAAUAUAAAAUUAGAACGUGUAAAACAGCAUUUUCAUUUGUGAUCUCAGAUUUUAAAUGGAGCCAAAUCUUUAAAUUCAAAAGUUAAACCUGUUAACUGGUUAAUAAGUUCCUUGUUAUUUUACAGUAAUAUGUUCCUGUAAAUGUAACUUUAAUGUACAGUUUUUGAAAAAUGUAUAAUUUACUGUUGAAACUAUAAAUUGACUUUGUUUUUCGUUUAAUUUUGUUCUGUUUUCUUUUAGUGUUUUUUUUUUUCUCCUCCCCAGUUGCAUGCAUUAGGAUUUUAUGUUCCAUCCUAUGUUGUAAAAUUAAAAUGUAUUAAAUUAUUUUAGAUUAAUGUCUGCUACCUUGACAGUGUUUUGGCGUCUUGAAUCUUUUACAUGUUUUAUUUUUUUAUAUUUUUUUUUUAUGGCACUGCGCACACACACACAAUGUAAUUGUUUUAACUCUAAAUCUUAAAACUCUAAAACUUGCUAUAAGGUACUUUUUAACUGUAACCACAGCUGCUCUUUUGUUUUCUUCUUCUUGAAGUAUAUAAUCUGGUCUCUGUCUCCCUCUAUCAGUACCCAUACAGUACAGCUCUCUGUCUGUAGCUCCUGUGAUCUAUUGGUUUUCUGCUCGACUUCCUCUUUUAAGCGUCGCACACUGCUGGCAGAGGUUCAGCUUUCCUGCUGGACUACAAAGCAGCUCACUCUCAACGGCUUUCCUCAGGGAGAUCAGCUGAAAACUGGCCUCCUUUAUCUGCAUGCAGAGAAAAGCUACAGCCACAAAUUCACGACUUGACUUCCUAAAUUCCCUUCACGACGAGUGAGGAAUCCUCUGCAUUGCAAACACAUAUCGGUGUGGAGGAGGCGAUCGCC